CUUCUGGGCCUCAAAGGGGACGACACAAUGUUGUCGAUACUCCGGCUGCGGCCUUUGCCGGCGCACGCCAGAUGGACCGCGCACCUUCACGAGCACCAAGCAUCUCUUCGGCAAGGCCGUUGUCGCGCCUUUUCCUCUGACCAAGCCUUGGCCAAGGCAAAGGGCUUGCAAGCUACGCUCCAGUUGCCCGAGACGCCCUUUGACAUCCGCGCCAACGCCGAAAAGCGCGAGAUACUCUUUCGGCAGCGAACAUGUGCCGAUUUGUACAGAUGGCAGGCUGAGCAGGCCGAUCGGCCGACGUUUACGCUGCACGAUGGCCCGCCGUACGCCAAUGGUCCACUGCACAUGGGCCACGCCCUUAACAAGAUGGCAAAGGACUUUGUCAAUCGCUAUCAGCUGCUUCGGGGCAAUCGGAUAGACUAUCGACCAGGGUGGGACUGCCACGGCCUUCCGAUAGAAAGCAAAGCGGUUGGUGCACCGCAGUUUAAGGGCAUGAAGCACAAGCAGAUCCCACCGACAAUGCUCCGAGAGGCGGCGAAGCAGGAAGCGACAAAGGCAAUCGAGAUCCAGCGGGUCGCUUUCCAAAAGUUUGGCAUCAUGGCCGAUUGGAGCGAGGAGACGACGUACAGGACAUUCGAUCGGGACUAUGAGCUGCGGCAGCUUCGAAUCUUUGGCGAAAUGGCAAGGAGGGGUCUCAUCUAUCGAGCUCGGCGACCCGUCUACUGGUCGCCUUCGUCUGGCACGGCACUGGCCGAAGCGGAGCUCGAAUACAACGAGAACCACUUCAGCUCUUCGGUCUACGUCCGAUUUGAGCUUGAGGUGGGCCCCAAACUCGAUCAGUUGCUCAAGAGCAGCAACAUCAGAGUGCCCCGUAAUGGCAUUGGCGCAAUCAUCUGGACGACGACGCCAUGGUCGCUUCCUUCGAACAUGGCUCUUACCGUUAACCCAGUGCUGGACUACAGUCUCGUUCGAUGUACAGAGGGCGCCCUCAAGGAUGAACUUCUCGUUCUUGCUCGAGAUCGCAUCAGUGCCACGCAAAGACUUAAAGUUGGCAAGGUCGGACCUGGCGCAAGCGAACGCAGCCUCGUUGGUCCCCUUGAGGAGCUCCUCUCCUUUUCGGGAUCGGACUUGCUGGACUCCAAAUACAGACACAACUUCCUGCCUCCGCAUGCCAAGUCUCGGCCAAUCCUAGGUGCCUCGUAUGUGGAAGCGGACGCCGGCACGGGGCUGGUCCACUGUGCACCAGGCCAUGGCAUCGAGGACUACCAGGCAUGGCAGGCUCACCGCGCAUCAAAUGCCGAAUACGCCCAGGAGGAAAUCCUCUCACCAAUCGAUGACGAGGGGAAGUUUACCGCAGCGAUUGGCAAGAUAGCAGGAACGUCUGCCGAGGAGCUCAGUGGCAAGACUGUCCUUGGUUCGGGGACGAAAGAGAUUGUCAUUCUCCUCGAGGAGGCCGGUGUCCUUCUCUGCGAGCAGCCGUUACAGCACAGAUACCCAUACGACUGGCGAUCGAAGCUACCCGUACUCGUCCGCACCACGCCGCAGUGGUUCGCUAACCUGGAGCCAAUCAAGGACGCGGCCAUUGCAGCUCUCAAGCAAGUGACCUUCGUCCCUGCCACGGGCAAAACGAGGAUGGCGAGCAUGAUCAGGCGGCGCAACGAGUGGUGCAUCUCUAGGCAGCGGGCUUGGGGCGUUCCUAUCCCCGUCGUAUAUAACGCAGAAAACGACGAACCGCUCUUGACUCCAGCGAACAUCGAUCACAUCAUUGCCACACUCAAGGAAAAGGGAACUGAUUACUGGUGGGAAGGCACGGCCGACGAAUUCGUUGCGCAAGAGCACAAGCACGAGGCUAGGGAAUGGAGGAAAGGGAUCGACACGGUCGAUGUCUGGUUCGACAGCGGAACGAGCUGGAGCCUACUUUGCGGGGAGAAGCCAGUCAAUAAGCCAGUGGCGAACGUGUACCUCGAAGGGACCGACCAGCACCGUGGUUGGUUCCAGUCCUCGCUCCUGACGUAUGUAGCCACGCAGGACAGCAGCGAAAGCGCAUCCGUCUCUGCACCAUACGGGACGGUCCUGACACAUGGUUUCGUCGUCGACAAACGCGGUCAAAAAAUGUCCAAAUCCAUCGGUAACGUCAUCUCGCCCUUGCACUUUGUCGAGGGUGGGCCCAAGAAGAAAAGCGAUCCAGCCUAUGGGACUGACGUGCUCAGGCUCUGGGCUGCGAGAGGCGAUUACACAGCAGACAUCCCUGUGGGAACUCUGAUUGUCAAGCACGCCUCCGAGGCACUUCGCAAGCUGAGGAAUACCGCAAGAUUUAUGCUCGCCAAUCUCCCAACACCUUCCGAGUCCGAUGCUUCCGGGAAAGCAUUCCCUCUACCCAAACAAAGAGAAGAGAUGACCCUUCUCGACCGAUACAUCCUUCACCAGCUCUACACGCUCGACCAGACAUGCCAAUCUGCCUACGACAGCUUCGACUUCCCGCAAGUGGUUCGGCGGCUAUCGGAAUUUGCCUCAUCGACGCUCUCGACGCUUUACUUUGACGUAGCCAAGGACUGCCUCUAUGCUGACUCGCCCGAUUCAAAGACGAGAAGCCACGCGCUUGCGGUUCUGUCACAGAUCCUCGACACCUUUUCAAGCAUCUUGGCACCCAUUACGCCGCAUCUCGUUGAGGAGAUUGACCACUUUCGAAGAGGCGCGACAAAGGAUCCUAGUCCAGACGACGAAGCGGAGCAUCUUUCUUUCUUCGAGGGGGGGUGGAGAGGGGUGGAUGAGAUGUGGAAGGACGAAAAUGCGCACGCAGAGAUGAACAAGCUGCUCAGCGUUAGGGACAAGAUUCUGUCACUGAUUGAGAGUGCUAGGCAAGCAAAGUUGAUGAAGUCUGCGAUUGAAGUCGAUGUCGAUAUCACAUUGCCUCUUUCAUCGCCACCGGACACACUCGCAUCGCUGCUGACGAGUCGAGCCGACGAGCUCGCUCGCCUCUUUAUCGUCUCGCACGUCCGCCUCCACCACUCUGAUGAUGUGAGCGCGGGAGAUGAGGCCUCCUUGGCCGACAGCGAAGGCACCUGGCAUCGAAGUGUGAGCAUCACAAGCAAGACAGGUGGUGACGCUCCUGGCAUCAGCGAAGCAAAGGGCCAAGGAAAUAUUCUCAUCACCAUAUCGCCCUCCAAGGGUCAUGAUUGUCCCCGUUGUCGGACCUACCGAAAGAUCUCCAAGUCGGAGCUACUUUGUCAGAGGUGUACGCAAGCAGUCAGCUCCCAUGCAAAUUAGAGACGAUGUGAUAAUUGUACACUACAGAGAUUGCGAUUAUUAUAGAGUCUCUUAUGAAGAG